AUGCUCAUUGGGCUGUGUGGCGCUGAGAUCGUGUCCAAGAAGUCUGUGGGCGCCAGCCAGGGCAUCCUGGGGCUCAUCUCCUAUGCGGGCGCCGCAUUCGCUGGCAUCCCCCUGGCCUUCAUGCAGCAGCGCUUCGGCUGGGACGGCUACUUUGGCCUCCUCGCGGGCGGCUGCGUGGCGGCGGUGGCGCUGCUGCUGCCGCUCAUCAACGCGAGGUCGCAGGCCCAGAUCGCGACGGAGGGCGCCAAGUGA